AAGUCUAGUCUUGCUUCGCCGAAUUCCAAACCCUAGCCUCGCCUGUUGCGGCCGCGGCGGAGAUGGCGAAGUCUCUGCGAUCCAAGCGCGAGAAGCGGCUGCGGACAUUGCGCCGGGAGAUAGCGGAGCCCUUCUACGACAAGAAGGAGGCCGCCAAGCUCACCGCGCAGGCCGCCGCGCUUGCUGCUCCCCCGCUCCAGGUCCGCGGGCCCCCGCCGUCCCAGGAUGCCGGCAGCUCCCGCGGCGCUAGCUCAGCCUCGGCUAUGGAUGUGGAGAUGUCCGAUGAAGGAAACAACAGGUCUAAAACCUUCUUGAAGCCACUUGGCAUCAUUAGCAAGAAGAAGGUACAGCUUCAUUUGAAGAUCAAGAAAGACAAGAGAAAAGCUAGGAAGAAGGGGAAGUUUUCUUUUAAAAAGUAGACGCGUAAAGCUUGUAGUCUUAUAAAUCAUGUAGUUCUGUUUCCAGUUUGAACAACAAAUCUAAAGGCAGUCAUGCGCACCUAAGUCCAUUCAUGGCUAGCUUACUAUGUCGAAAUGAGUAUGGAAAAGAUGGCGCUGACCUAUCAGUUGUGUUCAUCUUCA